CGUGUCCUCGGGCCUCGGGACGGAGCGGGGGGCGCUGGGAAGGGUCUGUAGGAAAGGGCCGCUCGUGAGCUCUGAGGGGUCAAGAAGGACCGGCCGGUUUCUGGCGCUGGAGCGUCAGAGUCGUGGUCUUCCGUGGGCAGGAUGAAGCUCCCUCUUCUUGCCGUGUUUGCCCUGGUGUCUGUGGCUCACUGUGAGGAUGGUGCCAGGCUCCUGGCCUCCAAAUCCCUGUUAAACAGAUAUGCAGUGGAGGGCAAGGACUUGACUUUGCAGUACAACAUCUACAAUGUUGGCUCCAGUGCUGCCCUAGAUGUGGAGCUGUCAGAUGAUUCCUUCCCCCCAGAAGACUUUGGCAUCGUCUCUGGCAUGCUCAGCGUCAAGUGGGACAGGAUUGCUCCAGCCAGCAACGUGUCCCACACCGUGGUUCUACGACCUCUCAAGGCUGGGUACUUCAACUUCACCUCUGCCACCAUCACGUACCUGGCACAGGAGGGUGCCCAGGUGGUGGUUGGCUUCACCAGUGCUCCUGGGCAGGGAGGAAUCCUGGCUCAGCGUGACUUCGAUAGGAGGUUCUCCCCUCACUUUCUGGACUGGGCGGCAUUUGGUGUGAUGACCCUGCCCUCCAUCGGCAUCCCCCUGCUGCUCUGGUACUCGAGCAAGAGGAAGUAUGACACCCCCAAGAGCAAAAAGAACUGAGCAGAGUCCAAUGCCAGCAGCAGCCCAGAGCUCGGGAAAGGACACCCCCAAACCCCCAAGAACAGUGGCUGGGUCAGGAUGGUGCCAUCCCCUGCGAGGUGCUGCCUGCAUCCUGCUUCAGCCCUCUGGGCAAAGGAUUCGGUGGCUGCAGCAGCAGUUGUGAGGUAUCCUCUGUGUUCUAAUGGAGAAACAAGCAAACAAAAAAGACAACCAGAAGUCCCAAACUACCUUGUCCAGCCUCUUUGGAGGCAGAACCCCUUUUUCCUCUGCAGCUGCAGCAAUCUGAGUAGGCCUGUCUGUGGGGCUCUGCCCCCUCUGCUGCCUCCAGCUCCCAUCUGCCUGCUGCAGUUUUCUGAAAUACGUUCCCUCUCCUGUGAAAAUUUAAAAUGUUUAAUAAAGGACAAUAGGAAACAAGGA